ACUCGUACAUCCGUGGUCAUUCCAUUUUCAAAUCCUCGAAAUUUCAAAUCUAUGUUUUUUUUAUUACUUUUUAUUGCCAGUUAGUGCUUAGUUUUUUCAUCUUCGGUCGUUCGUUUAUAUCGAAAGUGUUAAAUUCAUUUUUAUGACUGCCAGUUAUGUGCGUUAUUUAUAAACAUUUGAAUAACAGACAGUAUCAAUGGGACUCAUUUCUAUGCAUUGGUUCGUUGAAUUAUCGUUAAAAUGGUAGCUGCGAGGUAUCGUUGAUUGUGCAAGGCGGUUAAAUAGUGUUAAUUUAAUUUUGUUUGGUUGCUUGUUAAGUGAAAUUAUGAAGCCGGGCGAGUCGCGCCGCGGUUCGCGCGCGAGUCUGUUCGCCACUGAAGUGAUGGGCAGCGUCAGUGUUCCGAAUUUAAGCAUCGAUCAGAUUACAGAGAUCGAAGCGGCGGAGGCGUGCAAGUGGCUGAGAGCGGCCGGCUUCCCUCAAUAUGCCCAGAUGUACGAAGACCUCCAGUUCCCCAUAGACGUGUCAGGCGUCCAGAACGACCACCCGUUCCUGGACGCAGAUUCCCUCCAGUCGCUGUUCCGGCGGCUGACGGCGCUCAACCGCUGCGCCAACAUGAAGCUGGAGCACCACCAUCAUCAGAAGAGAUCGAACGACUCAGAUGACGACCAGUGCGCACUGAGCGACAAAUGGCAGUACGAGAGGAAGUCGCGCCGCUGGUCGCGGGUGGUGGAGAUCACGCCGCAGGCGCAGCGGAGGCUACAGGUGAUAGCAGCCAGAGCGUUAGCGGAGAGGGAAGCAAGAGAAGCGAGGGGGGAGCUGGAGGAUGAUGAGGACGAGACACUCCCCACCAUCAGGGUGGGGCUGGUGGACGCGGAGGGACACUACACAGACGUGGAGCCGGACUUAUUAACAAUCCCAGGCCAGACCAUGAUACAGUUACCAAGCGACAAAGAAGAUGAAGAAGACACGGGGACCCGAUUUAGACGGACUGGUUCCGAACGCCUCCGAGAUGGUGCCAAAGCCUUACUCAGACGAGUAGAAUCCCUCAAAACUAGAAGAAGAAAACGCCAGAACAGAACAGAAGUCAUCGUCUCAUCGCCUCAUUUUCUAGACGUGCAAGCGGAUAGAUAUCCAGAUUUGAACUACAUAGAUAUGACGCCAACGACGCCUACAGCAUUCCCUUUUCCAGACUUCAAUAGUUCACCAGCUCACGCGCCUGCGAUCAGAACGCAACCUCCUUCCCCCAUGACCGUAAUGCCUCCAUCACCUAUAGCACCUCUAGAACAAUCGUUUGUUUUAAACGCUCCUUUUGGAGACGACAGCUCAAGUUACGCGUCAGACGGCAGCAUGGGCUCUAGCAAUAAAAGUUCAAAAUCAAAAUUAGGAAGAGCGAAAAGGAUAUUUCAUAGAGGAAUCAAGAAUGAUGACUCGAGCGCGUUGAGUGAUUCGGAGUGUCAGCCGGCUAGUUGGAGACACAAUUACUACAAGGAUCAUAAUACUCAUCAUAAUACAGAGGUAUACGUAGAACCCCCAUCGCCAGUGGAGCUGAAGCCGGACCCGGAGAUCCUACGGGAGGUGCAGAAGUCGCCGGGACACACGGCGCACCGGCGGCAAGCCAUCAGGACCAGUUCACUUAACCUGGGGAAGGAUGGACAGAAAUUCCGCGACCGGAGCCUGAAGCGGGACAAGUCAGCAUCGCGCAGCUCAGAGCUGGAGGGCAGCCCACACUCAGCCGGCUCGCGCUCGCACGACGGCGACCAGGACGAUGAUGAUGACAGCCUCGAUAUUAAGACCAAGAAAAACAAUAUCCAAAGAUGGUACUCGUUUAGAACGAGUGCGUUGAACGGCGGUCCGAAGGCCAACAACACGCUGCAGCCCACCACCCCCACCCAGAAGGACCCUGAAGCAUACCUAUCCAGGCCGAUGUCGUCGCUCUCGUGCGGGCAGCUUCAUAUCCUGCGCAAGCUAGCGCUGCUGCGGCUGACGGCGUGCAUGGAGCGCUACUGCCCCUCGCACAAGUCCGGCUGGAACUGGGAGCUGCCCAAGCUCAUCAGGAAGAUCAAGACUCCAGACUACAAAGACAAAACAGUAUUCGGUGUUCCACUCACCGUAUCGCUACAAAGGACGGGUCACUCAUUACCGAAGCCCAUACAGUGCGCGCUCAGCUGGCUGAAAAACAAUGCUUUAGAUCAGAUGGGCAUAUUCCGCAAAGCGGGCGUCAAAUCCCGAAUAGCGAAACUCCGGAGCACCGUUGAAUCAGCCGGCGCCUCCAACGCAGCCUUCGCGAUAGAGAAUAUGAACACGGUGGCGCCGGAACAGUCGAGCCUCAGCUUCGACGGCGCGCAGGCACACGACGUGGCUGAUAUGGUCAAGCAGUACUUUAGGGAGCUGCCCGAUGCACUGCUCACUAAUAAGCUCAGCGAGACUUUUAUUGCGAUAUUCCAACAUGUGCCUGAACCUUUGAGGCCAGACGCUGUCCAGUGCGCGCUGUUGCUGUUACCAGAAGAACAUUUAGAAGCUUUACAUUCUUUACUUAUUUUCCUUUAUGAGGUGUCGGAGCACGCGGGCGUGAACCAGAUGACGGCGUCGAACCUGGCCGUGUGCCUCGCGCCCACGCUGCUGCGCCUGCACCACGCGCCGCCCGCCACCGGCUCCACCAAGGAGGGCAACUCCAACAGGAUGGUGAUAGAGAGCGUGGCGGACCAGCGGCAGAUCAGCGAGAGCCGCGCGGCGCACGCGUGCCUGCUGCUGCUCAUACAGCGCCACGCGACGCUGUUCUUGGCGCCCGCCGACAUGCUCGCGCGGUGCAAGUUCAACUACUUCGAGGAGAGCGUGCCGGUAGCGCUAGAAGAAUUAGGGGCAGACUUUAAUCAAGACUGGAAGGGUUUUCAGCAAGCCUGCAUCAAAGCUUUACUAAAAGAAGCCAAAGAAAAGACUCGUGGUUGGAUGUCAGUGUCAGGAGCCGCGCCUCACGUGGAGCUGUGCUGCAAGAAGGUGGGCGACGGACACCCGCUGAGGCUCUGGAGGGCCACUACUGAUGUGGAGGCGCCUCCGCAGGAGGUCAUGCAGAGGAUACUGCGCGAACGCCACAUCUGGGACGACUCGCUGGUGAAGUGGCGCGUGGUGGAGAAGCUGGGCUCCAACGCGGAGGUGUUCCAGUACCUCACCGCCUCCAGCAUCAACCUGCCCGCCCGGGACUACUGCGUGCUCAGGUCAUGGCAGCAAGGCGGCGGCGGCGGCGGCGGCGGCGGCGGCUGGUGCGCGGUGGCCGAGACGUCUGUGGCCCACGCGGCGUGCGCGGCGGCCGCGGGGGCGGGCGCGGGCGCGCGGGGGGUGGUGCUCGCGUCGCGGUACUUGGCGCAACCCGCGGGGAAGGGACGCAGCCGCCUUGUGCACCUGGCGAGGGUGGACACUAUGGGCCGCACACCGGAAUGGUACAACAAGUGCUACGGGCACGUGUGCGCGCUACAACUGGCCCGCAUCCGCGCGUCCUUCAAGCACAACACCGACGGGCCCGAGUCCAACGUGUGAUGCGCGCCCCGGGGCCGCCUGCCCCGGCCGGAGCCCUGACUCAGUGCUACAACUAGUGUACAGUGACAGUGAUAUCAAAGUCAUAUGUUCUGGAGAACCUGCCCUGCCCCAACCUAUGUCGGCGCUACCGUUACUAGUGUACAGUGAUAUAAAAAUACACCCUAAUAAUAUGGAGAUCCUGCCCUGCCCGAAGACCUAAGCAAGUCAGCACUACAGUUGCUAUAGGUGUCGUCUCCUUGACCUGGGGCCGCCUGCCCCGGCCGGAGCCCUGACUCAGUGGUACAACUAGUGUACAGUGACAGUGAUAUCAGUCAUAUGGAGAUCCUGCCCUGCAAGAAACCCUAAGCAAGUCAGCAGUACAGUUGCUAUAGGUGUCGUCUCCUUGACCUGGGGCCGCCUGCCUCGACCGGAGCCCUGACUCAAAGUGCUACAACUAGCGUACAGUGACAGUGAUAUCAAAGUCAUUUGUUCUGAAGAACCUGCCCUUUUUAACGGGGAAAAAAUGCGUUGAAUCGCAUACCUACGCUGCGGGGACAGGGUAGGUUAUGUGGGGCUCAUCAAGUCAGAAGGACGAGACAUACCCACUAAAAAAACACCAGUGCUCCGUCACUCGCCAUAAGUGGGAGGAAACUGUGGGUUUCCGGACAAAGCCUUCUCUACCACAGCCCCUCCCGUCCGACGGUUGGAGAACCUGCCCUGCCCCAACCUAUGUCGGCGCUACCGUUACUAGUGUACAGUGAUAUGAAAAUACAUAUACCUGCUCUCCCCGUGGCCUUAACUCAAGUUGGCGCUACAGUUACAGUGUACACAGAUAUCAAAGCAAUCAAAAAUUUUAGCUUUUGAACGUUUCCCGCUAGGGGCGCUGUACAAUAUCUCAUACAUUAAAUGACAUUUUUGACGCGCUCACUAAUAAAAAACUCACACUCAGCCCUCUGGUGUAACAAGCCUCGAUGUCGUAAGUAAUUUCUACUAUGGGAGUACAUAUUAUCAGUAGGGCAACUAUUUUGUACAAUGGUGGAUAGUUGAUAAGAGACUCAUUUAUGAUGCAAAAAAAAACAGUCUAAGGAGUUCUCAUGUACAACGCAAACUGGGUCAGAGGCGACUAACCAUAAGCAUUGUCCUGAGCUGUCACCAAUACUAGCUGGACCUAUUCCUUCGUCUGCUACCUACUGGCACUUGCUGAAGAGACCAGCUUUGAGCACUGCCUUGAGUUAUCAUCAUCAAAAUGCGUAUGUGAUUUAUGGACACUUGCUACAGGUUUUAUCACGGUGCAUAUUCUAUACGCAGCCUUGAAGAAUAACUUAGCUGAUUUUUUAUAGGAUUCAACCAAAAUUGUUAACCAACGCAAACAUUCCGACCAAAAAUUUUCAUCGUAUCACCAUCAUCGCUCAGCCGAGCAAAUAAGUAGAUAGCCAUCAGGGAAUGAGCAGGCACUUUAGAGUGUUAGAGCCUCUAGAGUCCAUUGUAUAAUCCAAGCAUUCCAUUUGGGCUUAAAAACAAGUUCCAACGAACUGAGAAGCUCUUUGUGUGAAUAUUAUAAGAAUUCUCGAAUAGUUUUCUAACAAACUUAAAUUGCUUAGCCAUAACUUUUGGAUAAAAGGCAAAGCUGUCAAGUCUUAGCUUGAAAUAAAAGGCUUAUCGCAAUCUUAACCGAUUGCAUUGCGUGUAUAUCGAAGUAGCAACCAAAAUGUGAAUAGUUCUGAUAUUAUUAUAUUAAGAUGUACAUAUUAUUAUAAUAUUAAAGCAUAAUAUGUCAAAAUACUUAUUAGGCUAAGGUUCACCUACCUCCACAUUUCAAGACUCGUCUUGACCCUUCAAUUCCCGACGGGGACCUACCAAAAAACCUGACUGCGUAUUGAGAUGUUUAGUUUAUUUAGCGUGUAGAAGUUUAUAAAAGAUAUAUUGCUGUUAAAUUAUGCUAUUCGGAGCCUUAAAAAAGAUUUUAAGAUUUUAUGAGAGAAAUUAUUAUUAAAAUUACCAAAAUAUAUUAGUUAUAUUAUAUUAGAAUCCAUCAUUAAAUUUGUAAAGCGACAUAUUAAUCAAAUAUGGUAUAUAAUUAUGUAGUAGAUAUUAAACCGAUGAAAAUAUCAGAUAGUCAUAUCGAGUAACCUGAAAAGCAUAUUUAACAGUUAUGAACAUGAUAUUUAAUAACGCAAUAACUUAUAUUUUAAUACUUAAAAUAGGAGUUUUUUCAUAAACGUUUUAAGGAAUUUGAAGUAGUCGAUAUGAGCGUGUUACGUUAUUAAAAUUGACAAAUAUUCGAUGUUUAGAUCCCCCCAUGGUGCAUUAUUUAGUGAAAAAUUAUAUAAUCUCAUUGGAUAUUCGCAUAUUAACUUUAUAAUCUGUUUUACCAUAUCCUAUGUAAAGUUAUCGUUACAUAUCACUAGUCAUAUUGUAAUAUAAAUAACAUUCAAAUAAGCACAUAAUAACCGUACCUGUCCUGUGUUCAGGAAUAUAGUAUUAAAUUAUAUUUAAAUUUUAUUAUGUCAUUGAUUAAUUGUGUCAGUAAUUAAGUAAAGUGUAAUCCUGAAUCUUGGAGUGCAGCGUGUUUGUUGUAAAAAGUCUGAUCGUUGUAAAUAAUUAGGUAUAGUUGGAUUGACCAUCACAAUAUUUAAUAUAAAUUGCAUAGCUUAUUUAAAAUUUUCAAUUGGGGUGUUUCACGUUUUAAAAUUAGAGGGUGUUAUUGCUAACCUUAUUUUUUAGUUCAUGCAAUUAUAACAUUAAAGUACAUAAACUUCAAAGAUUAAAUAAUAAUGAUUAAAAGCUUAAAUAAAUUUAGUAUUGAAUCAUAAAUAUAUAUAUUUUUUAUCCACAACGAGGAAGCUCUUGGCCUGUAUCUCACCUGAUGGUAAGUGAUGAUCAGGCCGAAGGUGGAAGCGAGCUUCACCCGGAAUUGGCUAUCUCACCUCUAACUGCUGAAAUGUUACAUAAAUUAAAAAUAUAUUACCUAUAUUUAAAUACUUAAUGUUAUUAGAAAAAUAUUUACUGACGAAGUGAAACACUCCAAUGAAAUAUAUUUUCCCUCACAGAAGGAACAAAAGCCAAAUAUCACAAAAUGAACAUAAUUAUGUAUUAAAAUGUGUAAAUAGAUCUUAAUAAUUAAUGGAUAAUGUAAUCUCAAUUAAUAAUAAUUGUUUUAGUUACCUUUAAAAUCACAAAGUUUUGGUGCAACGUGGAUAUUAAGGAUAUUAUGUACAAAGAACCUACUCUAUUUUACAAUGGAAUGAUGCAUUUAUAUUUUAUUAUCACCCAUAAAAUAUUUAAAUUCACUUCAUAUUUAUUGCUAUACAUUAAAUUGAUAAUUAUUUCAUACGGACCCCGAAGUAUGCAACCAAAUGUAUGUUUAUAACUAUAAUAGGUACUUAUACAGCUGCCUGGUAAAAUACUUAAUGACGCACUAGACAAAAACAUAUUUCUAUAAUUUCUAACAGUUCAUUUGUACGAUUAAUUAAUUUAUUUAUUAUUUCUUAGUAAGAAGAUACAAUAAUUAUUUAUAUUAAGUAACUAUUUAAUAUUUGGAAACAUCUUCAAAUCUUAAUCUUUAAUAGCUUGUGAUUCCAAAUAUUGAAGACUCAACUAAUCACAGUUCAUUUCUCUUUUGCGUCACAGUCAUCACCUAAAUUCUUAAUUUUAAAAAGUUUUUGAAACUCUUUUUACAUUACAGACGAUAAAUUAUUUAUUUCUUAUGUAUUUCAUUUUCAUAGAACACAUCAAAAGUAAUAACCAUUAAAGGCCAGUGUUUAAUUCUGUAGAUUAUUAACCAACCUCAUAAAACUUAUAAUUUAUGGCAAUAUCUCUACAUAGUCACAUUGGAGUCAUAGAUAUGUUGCACAUAUUAAUAGUAUAUUUAUCUGUAAAUGUCACCAAAUGCUAAUAUUAAUUAAUCUGAAAAUGAUAUGUAACUUUAUAUUUAUAUAGAAAUUAAUUAUUUAAAUAGUAUUACUUGACAACACCAAUAAACUUAUCGUACGAUAGCAUUCCAUCUGUGUCAAAUAAGUUUAAAAAUUAAUAGUUGUAAUAAUAUAAUAUGGAGUAACAUAAAAUAUAUAAAAACAAAUUAUUGUCAUAUUUAUGUGUUUUCAUCUCUACUAGUUGCAGUUCGGGGUCAAGUUGUUUUUCUCUAAAUGUAACUGUUUUACCAAUAAAACAAUACUGCAGUAUUCUUACAUAAUCGUAAUUAUAUCUCAAUAUAAUGAAUA